CAAUCGGUGAGUCGAUCCAUUUCAAGUGACGCUAAUCAAUUUCCGGUCACCGGCCACUUAGGUCGGCUUUCUUCUUUAAAAUACUCGCUCGAUGGAGACACGAGGCCACCGCUCUACUGCUGAGCGAAGAAAUCUUACACAUCACGAUCUAGGAGCCAAUAAAGAGGAAGAAGACGACGAAGAAAUAUGCCAAGAGUGAGACACUUCCACACAAAUGGCGGAAAUCUCAAUAGAGUGCAUUCCUGAGGCAACUACUGUCUUGGUCGUAUAAGAAAGAGAGGAAAAGGAAGAGAAAGAGAGGCGUUGAAACUCAAAAUGUCGGGGAUCUUCUCUCUGUUUUCCGGUAGUAGGAGUGGGCACCAGACAACGCAGAGCACAACUACGAUUCAGGAUGAAAGGGAAGCACAAGUUGCUGAAAAAGGAGACCCCUUGGCUACCACUUCGCGUCGCGGAUUUGAAGUUGAUAGUGGAUUUAGACCUGUGGAGCACCCCGUCGAGCCCAUCAACCAGGAUCAACCUGUCAGAUGUCCAUUAUCAGAACCUUCAAUACUAAAUGAUGGAAGAAUUUGGAAGGAAAGGAUAUCUUCUACUGGUGCCCCAGCGAAAGCUGACCUUCUUGUUGUGAAGAAAGGGGGAACAAAGCUUGAAAAAGUGAGUGUUGGAAGAAGACACAAAUCUGCUCCAAGAACUCGCCCAGCAUCUCUAAGCGCAACAGAAGAGAUCAUCUUAAAGCUGCCUGAAAAAUGUACAGUUGAUGGAGACAGAACCGCUACAAGCUAAACCAUUUGUUUGAAUCUCUUUCGUACAGUUUCUUCUGUAUUGUUAUGAUCAAGUCCAAAUGUAUUUUUAGUCGGUUCUCUCUUUGCUUAUUAUAAGUUUUAAUUUCUAUCAAACGAAUUGUGUACUACUAAUGAACAGUAAUAGCAACAUUAUUGUUAGUAAUAAUAACUUUAUGCUAUUUGUU